UAAAGGCGGUGGAAGACUUCUUGGUAGUUUGGUAGCAACAUCAUAGAGUUUAUCACACAGUCUGUAAAUCAGACGUUCAUGUCGCCCCCUUAUACUCGUUUGGUUGGACACUCGACUGUUUUCUUUAGCACACACCUCCGCCAUGUUUCUGCGCGGGUCUAAAAAGCGACGAUCCUACCGCUCGCAGGAGGAAGAAGACCCAGACAGAGGGCAGCCUUGCAUGCGCUGUGGAGACCAGUGCCCCGGCUUCCGCGUCCAUGGAUGGAGGAAGAUCUGCGUUCACUGCAAGUGUGUGCGGGAGGAGCACGCCCUGCGUUCGAUGCCGGGCCAGCUGGAGAAGAUGAUGACAAAGCUGGUGUCGGAUUUCCAGAGGCACUCCAUCUCCGACGACGACUCGGGCUGCGCCUCUGAGGAAUACGCCUGGGUUCCGCCCGGCCUCAAGCCUGAGCAGGUUUACCAGUAUUUUAGCAGCUUGCCAGAGGACAGGGUCCCGUAUGUGAACAGUGUGGGGGAACGUUACCGAAUCAAACAGCUGCUGCACCAGCUUCCUGCACAUGACAGUGAGCCGCACUACUGCAGCUCGCUAAACGAGAAGGAGAAGCGGGAGUUGCGUUUGUUCAGCCAGCAAAGGAAGCGAGACAACGUAGGCCGAGGCGUGGUCAGACUCUUCCCCGUCACCAUGACUGGCGCCAUCUGCAAGCAGUGUGGCAGAAAGAUCAGCGGCGGAGACAUCGCUGUGUUUGCCAGCCGUGCGGGAAACGGCAGUUGUUGGCACCCUCAGUGUUUCCAGUGCACCUGCUGCAAUGAGCUGCUGGUCGACCUGAUUUACUUCUACCAGGACGGACGCAUCUACUGCGGCCGGCAUCACGCUGAGAGGCUCAAGCCCCGAUGUCAGGCAUGUGACGAGAUUAUUUUCGCAGAUGAAUGCACAGAGGCAGAAGGAAGGUUCUGGCACAUGAAGCACUUCAGCUGUUUUGAGUGUGAGGCAGCGCUGGGCGGUCAGCGUUACAUCAUGAGAGAGUGCCGUCCGUACUGCUGCUCCUGCUACGAGGCCCUGUAUGCGGAGUACUGCGACACCUGCGGCGAACAGAUAGGUAUCGGCCAGAGCCAGAUGACCUACGAGGGUCAACACUGGCACGCCGUGGAGUUUUGUUUCUGUUGCGCCCGAUGCCGACUGCCUCUGCUGGGUCGCCCCUUCCUGCCUCGACGGGGGCUCAUCUUCUGCUCCCGGGCCUGUUCGCUCGGGGAGGACCCCGAUAACUCGGACUCCUGCGACUCGGCCCUCCAGAGCCGACCUCCUCAGCGCAGACGCUGCGGGCCGGCCCAGCCGCGCCAGCAACUGCAAUGCGGUUCUCCGUUGCAACCAAUAGAUGGCGUCAACCCCCUUAUAAGUAGUGUGAACUGUUCGACUCCAAUUGAAAAUGGCGUUUCUUCCUCUGGUGGUGUUCCUCAUCCAAGAGGCUCCUCCUAUUCACCUCUCCCCCACAUUCAUCGGGGGAAUGGCCUCGGGCCCUCUUGGCCCUGCAACCUUCCACAUUACACUUUAUUACCAGAGGACGGUGCCUUAAAACCACCUGGUGAUGCCCUUUUAAAUGGGCAUUCGAGACAUCCUCCCGCUAGCCUGUGUUCAAGAGGAACCUCGACCGGUCAAGACUGUAGGAACUGGGUGGAAAAGACCAAUCAUAUCAUGAAAGACUCUCUCCAGACAAAUACGGCAUCACACGCCAACAUGUCACCUGAACCGCCUCCCCUCCCACCUCCGCUUCCCAUCAAGUCUCGAGAUCUCAUACCGCAGGAUUCAUCCCCUCUGAACACCCACCGGCCGGAGGACGGCCCCUCCCGUUCGCCUCCCCCGACGUCUCGAAGUGGGACGGCGAGGGUCAGCUUCAGAGAACCCAUCAGCAGCAGCUACUCCGUCGAUGAGGCGGAGGAGGGAGACGAGCGCGAAGAGGAGCCGCGAGAUAAUGACGACAGCCCUCCGGAUGAAGACGAGGUAGAAGGAGGGUUCGGAAGCGGGCUGGAUCUGCAGAAAGGCAUCCCGCCACAGAUGGAUCUGCUAGACGGAUCCUCUUACCACCAACACAGUCUGCGGCGAGGCUGGGCUCGUUGCCACCUUUCAUCUGACCCCGGCCUCCCCCCGACCUCGGGAGGUCGCUCGCGGGCCGAACGCCCUCGACCGGACGCCGCGGACAGUCGAGGCGAGACGGACAGAGACGCCUGCUCGCUGGUCCUGCAGCCGGGCCGCCGGCGCGAGCACGAAGACUCGUGCUCCACGUGCUCCUCUUCGUCGGACUCUGAGCGAGAGGGCUACUUCCUCGGACAGCCCAUUCCUCUGCCGCCGCAGCUGCAAAAACACCAAGAAGAAAAAAAUGCAGAAGAAGAGGAGCCGGCUCGACGGGGACUCAGGGACAGUUUCAGGCGCAGACGUGCUCACAGUCUCGGCGCUAAGGACAAAGAUAAAAACUGCUCGGUCUCUUGACCCAAACAAUGGAAACGUCAGAAGGUCUAUGAAUGAUCAUGUGUGGACUCAUGAUUUCAUGACUAAAAGAGGUUGGGGAUUCGAAUGCGGGCUGGAUUUUUGCAUGUUUGCCAGAGUGCUCGGAGAAAACCUUUUCUCCGAGUACUCUGGCUUCCUCCCACUUUCCAAAACAUGCGCGUUAGUUUCAUUUUUGGCGAACCGCUGUCGGGCGGAAUCCUCACAUCUCCAAAAUGACUACUUUACCCAUUACAGUGACCAAUAUUGCUAUCAUAUACAGUUGCCCACCACCAUCAACACAACACCAUCCCAAAAUCGUGUUCGAUUGCCAACUGAAUAUGCUUAAAACAAGCUUAUGAAAAUAUAAUCAACCAGACAAAAAGCCUUUAAUGCUUCACAAAAGCAAACAACUGUGGUUACAUCUUCUUCCCGAACAAUUUUUUCAAAGGUCUUAAAACUGGCUCAACAGUUUAGUAUGUGGUAAUGAAUCUGUACGCAACCAAGCUGCGUGACUCACCAUUUUCUUCCCCACCGAAGCAUUACGGCAUCAUUAACAAACCACGCUGACUCAAAUGUAGCAAACCUAACGAUUCUCUUGUCUAAAAACGAUCCAGACUUUCAAUCUUCAGGCGACCUCACGCUGCACAGCUCCAAUUCAAGUGUUCAAAAGAGUUACUAGAUAUGUUCUCAAGCUAUUUUCAACACUUAAAGUUGGUCAAUGAUGUGCAAUGUGUGUGGGGAGUCUGGGACAGACCAAUAGUAUUGGUUUACAAAGAAAUGUGAAAUUGACCAUAUUUUGGACAGAGGGGGUUUCUGCCCGACAGCGACAAUAUGCUAAAAUUCACACUUGCCUGUAUUGUACUACAUACUUUCUACAUUUGGUGGCAAGGCAGGAAGAGAAGAAGAAAUUCCUUCGCAUCUCUCACUUCUUUGUUUCCCACCAAUCACACAACACAAAAAUAAUAUUUUUUUUAUAACAGCCUUGUGAAUAAAAAAUAAAAAAAAUCAGUUUAUAAUUGCAAAUAUAAUAAUAUAAAAAACAGCCUGGUGAUGAGGUUAAAUGGCAAUGAUUCCCCCCGCAAAUUUUAGGGUGGCCAGUAGCCCUGUAACCCACUCGAAUAAAUGAGCCCCUGUACUAAGCAGCAGAAUCCCAUUUCCGCAUUCAGAACCAAAACGAGAGCAAUCUGUACUAAGGUUGACGUUGACAGAAAGCGGUACAGCCCAUCGCAAUUCCCGCUAUAUCUGCAUUGCGAUUGGCUGCUGCCCAGUCCAGGGUGUACACUGCCUCUCACCCCAAAGUAUGCUGGGAUAGGUUCCAGCUCACUAAUGAGGAUAAACACUAUAAAAAUGGAUAGAGAAUAAUUAUUGACUAAUUAUGAAUUUAGUUUAGCAUGACACUUAAAGCCCUGAUUUGAGAUUAAAAUAUAUAUAUAUAUAUAUUUUGUUUUUGUUUGAUUUCAUUUUCCAUGUUAAAUGUGGACAAUCCUGAAUCACCUUGCAGGGGAAUGUUACUUAAUUUCACCACUUAAGUUGUUACGAAUGUGCAUUUAUUGACCAGUCCUUAUCAAAGGCAUAUUACAUACAGAUGUGGAAAAACAUUAAGAGACCACUGCAAAAUGUUCAAUUCCUCUGAUUUUGCUAUUUAUAGGUACAGCAUAUUUUUAUGUAAUGUGAAAAUUUUAUUCAAUAAACUACUAACAAUAUAAUUCCCAAAUACAAAUAUUGUAGGGAAUUUAUUUGCAGGAAAUGAAAAAAUGGUCAAAAUGCCCAAAAAAGUGCUGUUUUUUUUUUUUUCUUUCACCAGAGCUUUAUAUUUCAGGAUUAAUUCAUGUAUUAUUAGUGCCAUUAUUAUGCACAAACAAUAAGAAUAUAUUAUGUCUGUGCUAACUCUCAAUAUGCAAUUUAAAAUGGACCUAAUGUAAGAAAAAAAAAAUAAUAAUCAAUAAAAGUAACUUGCAGUAUUCAAUGUGUAUAUUUGCAUAGUUCAACCUCUGUUUGUUUUUUUACUGUUACAUUUUUUAUGUACGUUUAGUGACAAUAUGAUUUUUAUGGUUGCAAUAAAUGUGUCCUGGGGUGUGCAUAAUGGGUUUGACUUAUUGUCUACCACCCAAAACGUGAUUGGAAAAACACAAAAAUUGCAUGGUCAGGUGUCUCAUUUAAAAUAUACACCGUUUGAUUUUACUCUCCUUCCUUGAGUUUGAAUGUUGGCCAGAACACCUGCAGGAAAAAAACAAUUCAUCUCAUCUCUCUCAUUCAUCUCACCAUGAUUUUGAUUAUUUAAACUAUAAAUCUAUAUACAUUAAAAGCAAUAAGACCUCUCUUUAUGUGAGAGCUGGAACAAAUACAAUAAAAUAUAAAUGAAUGUGUCAUUUUUAGUAGCCUAACUAGAGAAUGCAAUUUUUAUAAAAUUUAUUUAAAAAAAAAAAAGUGUGAAUCCUCAAAAGCUGAUGCUCAACUGAAAUACUGAGGAAUUAAUAGUAGAAUGUGAAGUGAAAUUAGAAUGGCUUGAAUCGGUCAAGAAAUGUGGAAGGAGGAGCAAAAUCCUGUUUGUAAAAUAUCUCUUAAUUUGGAAUUUUAUUAUUGUGUGGGAAUUUGGGGAAUGUGACAAGUAAUUACCAAGAUGUACUGAAUGAGCAGAGGAGUUUGAAUGGUUUGGGAAAAAAAGUGUGGACUGAGGAUGUAAAAUAUAUAUAUAUAUCUCUUAAUUUGGGAAUUGCAAAAAAAAAUACCUGAAUCUCCUGAAUUUUGCAAAUGUUUGGAAGGAUCAACGAUGUGGAAGUAUGACAGUACAAUGGCUUGAAAGAUAAGGAACUUUUUUGUUGAAUGUUUUUUUUUCCUAGUGGGAAAAAGUGCAAUUGUGGGAAAACUGGGUAUUCUUCUAAUGUAAAAGUAUACAAGCCCGAUUUUAUUUGGUGAAUACUUGGAAGUUUGAAUGGUUGGAAUCGGUUGAGAAAAUG